ACCGUGUCCCCAACAAGCAAGGCCAGCUAUUGUUGGAAACUUGACUCGGAAGCUUCGAAUUCCAUGACCGACCAACGACGAAUCCCGCCCGACCCAACAAUCGCAACCGCCGAAUAAAGCUCCAAGCUGGCUACCUAAUAGCCAAUCCGACAGCUGCUCUGCUGCGGCAGCUCGACACUGCGAUCCCGAAGCUAUCGAGUACACUUUGCGCCUGGGGGCGAACCGCGACAGAUAGCGCUUCAAGAUGGUGCUCAACCUCUUCCGCAUCGCCGGGGAUUUCUCCCAUCUGGCGUCAAUCUUUAUCCUGCUGCACAAGAUCAUCCAGCUCAAGAGCUGCUCCGGCAUCUCGUUCAAGUCGCAAGUCCUGUACCUCAUCGUCUACAUCACAAGAUACCUUGACCUCCCAUGGACACACUCACCCUACAACUUCAUCUUCAAAGUCCUCUUCAUCUCCUCCCAGCUCUACACCAUCUACCUGAUGGCGCGGGAGUACAAGCCGACCAACGACGCCAACCUGGACACCUUCCGAGUCGAAUACCUUCUCGGCUUCGCAACGGCGCUUGCACUACUCUUCCCCGUGCGGUACACGGUGCUCGAGGUGUUCUGGGCCUUCUCGAUCUGGCUGGAGAGCGUGGCGAUCCUGCCGCAGCUGUUCAUGCUGCAGCGCACCGGCGAGGCCGAGGCCAUCACCGCCCACUACCUGUUCGCCCUCGGCGCCUACCGCGCCCUCUACAUCCCCAACUGGAUCUACCGCUACAUGACCGAGACCACCCACAAGAUCGAUACCGUCGCCGUCGUGGCCGGUGUCCUGCAGACGCUGCUGUACAGCGAUUUCUUUUGGAUCUACUACACCAAGGUCAUGAAGGGCGAGAAGUUUAAGCUGCCUGUGUAAGGCGGUGGCCGUGGGAUUGGAGGAUAAGGGAAGGGGGGCUAGGGUCUUUUGAGAAUCAAAACGCUAAGUGCAAGCCCCCAAGCCCUCACCUGGUCUCCGUUGUGUCUGGUGGUGUGGUAUGGGUGGGGGUGACAUGCGAUGAAUGACACGGAUGGAUGGGCGGGACAAGGUUAUAAUUACGACAAGCUGGGUUGGCGGCGAAUUGGGCCAGCCCGUCCGGUCCGGGCGGACGGUUUUCCGAUGUUGGGGGGAUGGAAAAGACGGACAUGCAUGUCUGGCGUUCGGAGAUGUUGGCUGGUUAUUAUCCCGUCGCACUUGGAGGCGGCGGCUAUGGGCUCGGAUAUUGUGUUUGAUCCGUCUUUGGUGUACAUAGAGAACAGUGCUUGUAAAAAUUGGGAGUGCGCCUGUUAUUUCAG